AUGCCCUCUCCCCUCAAGCAACACGUGAUGGAGCGCCGCAUCAAGUGGGACCACAAGGCGGAAUUUUUUCUUUCAAGCAUUGGACUUUCCGCCGGGAUCGGCAACUUGUGGCGGUUUCCGUUCCUUGUGUUUGAAAAUGGCGGAGGUGCAUUCCUGUUUGUAUACCUGAUAGUGAUUGCAUUGGUGGCGAAGCCGCUGUACUACCUCGAGAUGUUCGUGGGACAGUUCAGCAGCUCCGGAUCCAUGUCCGUCUGGGCUGCCUUCCCGUUGGCAAGAGGAGUCGGUGCCACCAUGACGGUGGGGAGUCUCUGCCUGGCGCUCUACUACAACAUGUACCUGUCGUACGCACUCAUGUACCUCUACCACUCGGUCGGCUCGCACCUGCCCUGGAGCGGCUGCUACACUUCCUGGGGCGCCAACACGCACGUCUGCUACAUCCGCAAGCCCAACGUGGCGAGAGCUUCACCUGUGGUCAACGCAGAGCUCUCAACGUGGUGCCAUUUGUCCGCUGCGCAGAGAACGUGCAAGGCUGCCGCGCAGCGCCUCUACCAGCGGUUCAAGCACCACAACAUCACCUUCGGCGUGGUCGUCAACACCACGAACAACAACAUCGUGUACGUGCCGCACAGGGCCUACUCCGUCGAGAUGUCGGGCUGCGUGAACGCCACCAUGUCGGCCGCCGAACACUUCUACUGGGACAAGGUACUCAAGGUGAGCCGAGGCCUGCAUGACGUCCGGCCGAUGAACAUUGACCUGACGAUCUGCUACUUCCUCGUCUGGCUCAACAUCUUCCUUAUCAUCAGCAAGGGCAUCAAGUGGUUCGGAAAGAUCGUGCUGGUGACGGCGACCUGUCCCUACCUGAUGUUGUUCGCGCUUCUCAUGAAAGGAGUGUCCCUGGACGGCGCGAACGCUGGCGUCGGCUUCGUUUUCAUUCCGGCUUGGCAGCACAUUUUCACCUUUAAGUGCUGGAGGAACGCAAUCGAGCAAGCUCUCAUGUCCCUCUGCGUCGCCACCGGCUGCCUGACGGUCCUGGCCAGCUACAACGACUUCUACAACGACAUCUUUCAGGACACGUGGUUCUUCGCCAUAUUGAACUUCGUAUGGGGCAUGCUGUCGAGCACGGCGUUCUUCUCCGCGCUGGGGAGCCAGUCCUUCCUGCUGAACGUCACCCUGCCCGAACUCGUCCUAGACGAAGUGCAAAGCCUGGCUUUCGUCUCCUACAUCGAGGCGCUGAGCAACUUGGCCUUCCCGCAGAUGUGGAGCGUGCUGUUUCUUCUCUGCAUGUUUCUCCUGGGACUGAACUCCUCGGUGUGCCUCAUCCACACGGUGCUCAUGUCCAUCACCGAGCAGUUCCCCGGCCUCAAGGAUUUCAGGGUCGAACUGACGCUACUGUUCUGCAUCGGGGCCUUCCUGGCGGGGCUCCCUUUGUGCACGCCCACCGGACCUUUCUUCAUGAGGAUCAUGGAAACUCACUUGGGUGGGUCAUUCCUGGUGGUCGUCGCGUUCGUCGAAAUCAUCUGCUACUCGUGGGGAUACACGGCAAGACGGCUCCUCUUCGACAUCGAAUUUAUGUACACGGUGCCAUCGUCGGUCGUGUACAAGGUGCUCUGGAGUUUCCUGGUUCCCCUCAUGCUUCUGCUGAGCUACUUGUCAGGCCUGUUCAGCUCGUCGACAGCGACCCUCAGGGGCUACACGUUUCCCCUGUACGUGGACAUCGGGGGCUACAUGCUGCUGCUGUUCAUCUUCUGCCAGAUCCCGCUCUAUGGGCUCAGCUGGUUCAAGCAACGGGGAUACAACUGCGACGACGCAAUGCUGCCAUCGUACAAGUGGGGCCCCGAGGAGCCGGCGCUCUUCAACGCCUACCAGGCGCGCCUGCGCAACCGCGGCCUGGUGCCCAUGAGCUCGCGCUUUCCCGUGCGCUUCAUCAUACCGCACACGGUGCCCGCCGACGCCGUGCUGCCGGUGAUGUUCGCCGCAGAGCCGGUCAAGCCGCCAUCGUGGUCACCCGUCAGCUGGCGCCCGGGGGGAGCUCCAGGACACCACGCGGAGGGCCACGUGGAGCGACAGUGGUCCCUGCCACCCAACCUGCCGGCGCUGGACCUCAACAGUCUGGCAGUCUCGAUGCCUAGGGCCGACGGAGGAGUUGCACCCCAGGCGCCCGAAGCGGGUUGGAGAGCCUCGCUAAUUCCGUCCCAAGCACCGACGCAGCCGCCACAGCAGGUCCGCCAAUUCCUGCCGACGCUGAACCCCAACAGCCUGGGACCGCAGUUCUCGGACUCGCCGAUGCGGUUCGGCCUGCUGGGCCGCCUCUUCAUCCGGCGCCGCGAGGGCCACGAGGACGUGCUGGUGCCGGCCAUCCCGACUCAGGCGCCCGACCAGUACCUGAACCCGAAGCUGCCUCCCAUGACGUACCCCGUGCAGCCCGGUGGACCCAUCGCGCUCGCCGCACAGGCCUCGACCACAGCGGCGGCCCCGGGCCCUUCAAGUCCGGACGCCAAGCCGCAAGCCGAGUACGAUGUCAGGGGAAUCCUGCGCAAGUGACCCACCCGGAAGCUAAUAAAACGACACAGCCGCGCGUGGCUCGGUGCACCGGUCUUACUAUUA